AUGGCCUCCUUUCAUACUAGAUCAAUGCCCGAUCUACUUAACACUUUAAAAAGUAGAAACAACAAUAUGAAUAAUAAAAAUACUAGGGAUAAUAGAAAAAUUAGUAACGGGCAGACUAGUGUUUCUCAAAUUUAUAACGAUAGGACUUCUUCAAAUUCAAGUUUUCUAGAGUUAUAUGAUAAUGAUGAUGAUGAUUUUAACUAUGAAGAAGGAAGUGACAAAAAUAAUAAUAGUCUGAAUUCCUUCACAGAAUCGUAUGAAAUCAUUGAAAAUGAUAGGUUAUCGAAAGAGGAUAAUGAUGAAGAUGAUAAUAAAAAUAGUACUACUACUACUACUACUACUACUACUACUAAUAAUAAUAAUAAUAAAAGUAAUAACAAUAACAUUAAUAUUCCAUUUUCUACUGCAUCAUCGGCUGCUUACAUGAACCCCGCAGAUUCUUUAAACUCUUUUGAUCGUUACGGUUUCAAAAAGGAAAAUUCCUAUGUUACAGAAUCACAAUAUGAUACCUGGUGGAAAGAAUAUUCUGUUUAUUCCCUAAGAAGAAAAAAAAAAUGGGAAAUUCUACUAAAUAAAUCUGGUAUUUCCAUUAACAACAAUAUACCUAAAAGAUAUCCACCAAAAUCUGAAAAAUUAAAAAGAUAUAUUAGAAAAGGGAUUCCUGCAGAAUGGAGAGGCGAGGCAUGGUGGUACUUUGCUAGAGGUGACGAAAAAUUAAAUAAAAAUAAAGGGUUAUAUGAUAAUUUGUUACAGAAAAUUAAUAGUAAAGAUGUAAUAAUAGGGGAUGCGGAAAUUAUAGAACGUGAUUUAAAUAGAACCUUUCCUGACAAUAUGCAUUUUAUGAAAGACACCGAAAACGAACCAAGCAUGGUAUCAUCUUUAAGACGUGUUUUAUAUGUUUUUGCUCUCUAUCAGCCCGAAAUUGGGUAUUGUCAAUCAAUGAACUUUUUGGCCGGUCUAUUGCUUUUAUUUUUAGACGAAGAAAGAUCUUUUUGGAUGUUGGUAAUUAUUACUUCGAGAAUUUUGCCCAAUGUUCAUAGCGUCAAUUUGGAGGGAGUCAAUGUAGACCAAGGAGUGUUGAUGUUAUGUGUUGAAGAAUAUUUACCUGAAUUUUGGUUCAAAAUUAAUCCGCAAGCUGCUGCAUUAUCUUCGCGAUCCAAGCAUUUGUCUUUAAAUCAUCAUCAUAUUAAUAUGAGUAACACCCCGUUCAGUAAUGAUAGCUCCUUAAGCAAAAACGACUUUUUAUUUAAAUUACCGCCUAUUACAUUAUGUACAGCAAGCUGGUUUAUGAGCUGUUUUAUCGGCAUUGUUCCGAUUGAAACCACAUUGAGAAUUUGGGAUUGUCUAUUUUAUGAAGGUUCACAUGUUUUAUUCAAGAUAUCCUUGGCUAUUAUAAAAUUAAGUGAGUCGGCCUUGCAGCAGAGUAAUAGCAGUAAUAAUGGUAGUAGUGGCAGUUAUAGCAGUAGUAAUAGUAGUGGUAAUAAUGGUACCGGUGCUUUUACCCAUCAUAAUAAUAAUACUAAUCUAUUAAACAGACAUUCUUUAAUCAGGAGAAAAUCUAAACUUUCAUUGCAUGAUUCACACUCAAAUACAGUUAGUAAUAAUAGUGAUGAUAUUGAUAUGGAGAUUUUCCAAACAAUGCAAACUUUCCCCAAGACGUUGCUAAAUCCAAAUGAUAUUUUUGAAAAAAUUAUAUUCAAAAAAAAAUAUGACUUCAAUAGUUUGAAUCAAGAGGAAAUAGACAGAUGUAGAAAAUAUGUUGUUCUGCAGAGAACAAAAUAUAAGAAUUAUGUGGAAUUAUUGUCAAAAAAAAAAGACAGGAUUAAUAACAAUAAUGAGGGUUUCAGUGAUGUGAAAGAGGAAGAAGAUUCUAAUUUAUUUGGCGAUAUUACUACCCCCGGUGGAAUAACCAAGGAAGAUAUUGAACGUGCUUUAACAUCUGAAGUUUAUGGAUUUAAAAGAAAUUUGACAAGUGUACAUUGGAAUAAUAGUAUCAAGCAAAAAGUAAGGCAAAUGAGAAAAAGAGACAGGUAA